AUCGAGAUUUGAGAGGCCAGCAGAGAGGAGCAACCUAGGGCUUGGGGGAGUACAGUUGAGUCUCCCAUAGGACAUCAGGAAAUCUGGAUCAUGGCACCUGGUCGGGAGGGGGGAGGUACACGUGACAUACCUUACUGCCAGCAAUGGUUUCUACUGCACUCCCUCACCUCAACCAUAUCGUCGUAGUCGCUGCGCGUUUCUCCAGGACCCGUCGUCUUAGGCGGCCGCCUCAGAGCGGCGCGCUUGAUUGCCAGUGCCGGUGACCGUAGUAGUCACUUCCUCUUGUUGCAGAAAGUUCAGCCAGUUGGUGGGGCACAGCACAGCGCCCCAUUCCGCGUCCAUUACCCUGAUUCCCUCGUCGUUACCCGCAUAGGGAUUUUCUCCCGUUUCCCCCGCCAUGCUCACGGCCUUCCCCGGCGUGCCGGAAGCGGUGGGGGAGGUCUGGAAGGCGGACUGGUACGUCCCGCACUGCUACAAAAUCCCCGCGUUGGCGCAGCUCAACCACCUCCUCGCGCAAAUCCCCCGCGCGCCCACGCGCAACGACGUCUGGCUCGCGGGGACCGGCCCUGCGGACCUCCGCCGCUUCCACCGCGACCUGGGGGAGGUCUUAUCUGAGGCGGAGCUCGCCCAGAAGCAGCUUGGAAUCUUCCUGCAGGCCGUGCAGACCACCGCGGCGGGGCUUCAGAAGGAAAUCGGCAAGCGCCUGUCGGCGGAAAACCCGUCGGGCUUCCGCAAAUGGUUCCAAAAGUUUCCCGGGGCGGAAGAGCCGCUGCUUGCUGGGGCGGUGUCAGGUGGGGGGGCGGGGUAUGGCGGUGGGUCGCAUAGCAGGAGCAACAGUACUAGUAGCGGAGGGGCGGGCAGCGGCGGCAGCGGCGGCAAUGCGGCCGGCGGGAAGAUGACGGACGGCAGCAAUGGGUCGUCGCCGGCGAAUAAGGUCAGCAGCGAUUCGCCAGGCGACGAGAGCGCGCCGUCGCAGCAACCGUCGAAAGUCUCCCUUGCGAAUCGCAUGCGAUCGAAAUCCAUGAACGUGGCGUCGUCGGGGUCGCUGUUUCGGUCGCCGGACGACAGUGUCGCCGCCAAGCUUCUAGGCUCGGAAAUCUCCCCCAUGUUUGCCUCGGCAGGCUUGGAUACGAAUACCAGUAGCUCCGGGGCAGGCUCGGCGGGGGGCGGGUCGGCAGCGCGAAAGAUGUUCACCCGCGCGUUUUCCGUGCGCGAGCGGCCUUCCGCCGUGUCCGCAGGGGACGUUGAGCGCGCCCUUAAUACCCCUGGUGGCGGUGGGAACAGCGGCGGGAACAGCGGAGGCGGAGGGGGAUUCCUGGACGCGUGCGGUUUCAGCCCGGUGCUGCUCCGCGCGAGGAAUGCGGGGAGGGUUGGGCCCAUGGGGGAGGGGGAGGUGGGGGACGACGGGGCUAGCACUCCCGUGCUGGGGCGCGGGGGGGGGAACGGGGGGCUCGGCGGAGGAAAUGGAGGGGGAGGUGGGGGAGCGGCGCCAGCUGGGGUUGGGAGCGACACUGCCGCGUUCCCUGGAAUCGCCGUGAAUCACGCUCAGCAGCAGCAGCCCGCGCCACAGUGUCCAGCCUCGCCGCGACAGCCGCCGCACCAAGCGGCCUCAGAACGCCACUCGGGACCCCUGCUGCAGGGUAUGGUCGACGCCUCAGACUCGCAUGCUGACGUGGCACUUCAGGGACCAGGAGAAAGAGAGCCGAGCGCGAAACUCAGCGGGUCGUCUAAGGGCGGAUUGGGCGGGUUCUUAUUCCGAAGCCGCAGCUCUCGAAGCUCGAGCCACCGCCGGACGUUCUCCCAGCAGCAGCAGCUGCAGGGGCAGGUGGCGGAGGAGGGGGAGGAGGAGGAAGAGGGGGAGGGAGAGAGGGAGGGAGAUGAGGUGGAGGAAGGUAUAGGUCGCCUUGGUGUGGUUAGCGAGCAAGGGGUUGGGGGGUCGCGCUCCAGGAGACUUGCAGCAGGGCCCAGGCUGACUAAGAGCCGGUCUGAGAAGGCUCCAAGUAGUAGGGGGGGAGGGAUGAGAAGCGGGGCGCGCGCGGGGAAGAGCGGGCAUGAACGGCUGCAGGAGAUUCUGAGCAGCGUGAGCAGCGGGUGGGGCGGGCUGCCCUUAUCCUCGCCAUUGAGUGGCAGCAGUAUCAGCUCUGGUGGCAGCAGCCUGCGGAGCGGUAGUAUGGUGGUUAGAAGUGCAACAGUGAGCGGAACAGAAUCAGCGGCGGGUGGAGCAUUGGGGAGGGCUGGUGGGGGUUCUGGGUCUUCUGUGGCCCGCAGUGCAAGCGGGGGCACGACUGUGAGUGGGAGUGGGGGGUUGAGUCCACGGGGCACUGGCAGCAGUGCCUUCUCCCAUUUCCCCCAGGCCCACAGACUCUCUCUCGCUUCCCACUCCCCUGAAUCCUCAUUUGGGGGGGAUGUUACGCCUCCAUAUGGGGGGAGUGACCGAGGGGGGGCGCAGGCAGAGGGGGGAAGGGAGCAGGAGGGGGUAGAUGCAGCAGGGGAGAGUCUGGGGGGCCGGCGGCAGGGGAGCCGGGUGCUGCUGUCGCCGGCCAAGGCGGCGCAGGAGGAGAUGCUGCUGGAGAUGCUGCGAUCCACACCGCCCAUCCGCUGGGACAAGCCGGGGCAAGCUAGGGGCUCUGCUGGGCAGCUAGGGACUUAGCGGUGCCGUCAGGAAAUUGGGAUUGAGAAGCUGGUCCUGCUGGGAAGGCAUUUCUGCAUGCAUGAAGUCGGUGUGUUGAUGGUGUUGGGUUUGAGUUGGUUGGCGUGUUUUGCACACCUGUGGCAUGUGUUGUGGGAAAGCUGCGACUGUUGAGUGACGCGGGUGUGGGUGGGCCUGGGCGAUGGCCAGAGGCAUACGCCUAAAGGUUAAUGGUGGCACGCUCAAGCCAUUGUGGUCACUGCUACUCUGGGAAAUAGCAUUGCACAAGUACUUAUGCCUGUUGUAUAAUGUGGUACAUGACAACUCUGAACAAUUUAGGAGGGCGACCUAACGUGAGAGCAAGCCAGCCUGUGCCAAACUAUGGGCAUGUCGUACCAGAAGGGCAGCUAGAUUUUCCUAUCCCAU